AAAAAAAAAAAAAAAAAACAGUAUAAAAACCCAUUAUUUUCCCAUCUCGAUCUCUUCCUUUCUUUCGCUCUCUCUCUUUCUCCCUUAUAUUUUCUAUCAUCAAUUACCUCUUAACCUUAUAUUAUUCACUCUUUUUUUGUAUAUCAUGUAUUCAUAUUGUCAACAAGCUCAAGGACAAAAGCCUUCAACAGGUGAUCCUGAGCUCCUUUUACUCUUCAAUGAAUACCCUACUAAUAUGUGUCUCACUGCUGCUACUGCUGCUACUGCUCAUGAAGAAGCGAGACAGAGAAGAAUCUCAAUCGCUACUUCUACCAAAUCUUCUCCACAUAUGGAUGAGAAAGAGUGUAUUGAUCAAAUAGAAUCUGAAGAUAUAGAAUCUCCUGGAAACUACAACUCAAGAAGCCGUCGAACAUCAUUGAACAAAGCUGAAAGGAGGGCUGAGCAUAAUGCUAUUGAGCGUGCUCGUCGUGAAUGUCUCAAUUCCAAAUUUCAACAAUUGGCCGAAGCCCUUCCUAAUCUUCAAAAUCAUCGACGUCCAUCUAAGGGUCAAAUUGUUGAAAAGGCCCUUGAUUGGGUCAAGCAAAACAUGUCAAAAGAAGAUCGAUAUCAAUAUCAGAUAAUGCAACUUCAAAAUGAAAAUAAGCGCCUAAUGAGCCAAAUCAGCAUGGCUCAGCAAGAAAAAUCAAAAAGUGGUAUCAUCACUCCUCCCGUGUCUUCCUCUUCUCCCAUCGCUGCCCCAUUUCCUCCUGGUCUUCGUCAACAACAGUUUCCUGCAAACUCCACACCUGCUACUUCCAUUAGUACAGAUACUAAAAUGGGUAGUCGUAUGGCUUCUUAUUCUUCUGAUAACUUGAAUGUGAUGUAUUCUGUUGGAAUGGACUGGAAUCGUCAUCAGAAUGAUCUUUCAGUAGCUGGUCCUUUAGAAUAUAUGAUGCCCUCUAUUUCUUCUUCCUCAUCCUCAAGGUUUACCCAACAAGAAGACGAUAAUGAUAGCAAUAUAUCCAAUGAAGACAUUCAACAAGCUCAUAAUGCACAAAUGAUGUAUAAUGACUUAUCGACCUAUGCCUGUAAGCCAUUUUAAAAAAUAAUAUUGAAUAAUCGUUCUAACUUAUAUUCUAGUAUUUGAGAUGAACCAUCCCUUAUCUGUCCCAACAACUCAAUGGGGUAAAGCUCAACCAAACCCACAAUACCCAUACCAGUGUUCUUCUAUGAAUCCAGCAAACCCAAUGUAUUCUCAUGUUACUUAUUCAUCUUAAUUUGCAGUGAUAUUGUUCUUUUUUAUUAUAGCUAAAUGGUUCUUUACAACACCUCUCUUUCCUUUAACACCACUCACUCAUUUUAACGUUUUGUAAAUUAAUAAGAUUUCCUCCUCCUUCUUCUUCUCCCUUUUUUUAUUUUUAUGUAUAUGACACCGUUGAUAAUAAACUUUUUAUUAAUGUCAGAUCGAUACAAAUUCAAAAAAAAA